UGCUGCAGCAUAAACGGAGCUAAGGAGAUGGCGCUACUAUGCUCAGUAAACACUUUGAGAUCAAAAUGAAGAUUUGCCGCAAAUGAUCAAUGGCUGUAGCUUCGAGAAACGGAAGACAUUUGCAGACAUCGCUGCCUUAAAGAGGAAGAUGGAAAUCCUGGCUGUAAAUGUGUCAGCCACUGCCCCUUCUGCUGCCACUUCAGCCCCAUCCCCCGAACAGGAGGACUCAGGCUUCCCGCUUGCAUCCCUGGACAGCGAGGACUAUGUCUUUGUGGAAGCACGCCAUUCCAACAAGGUGCUGGAAGGACUAAACAGCCUGCGUCUCAACAAUGCUUUCUGUGAUGUCAUCCUGUGCUGUGGUGGCCAGGAGUUUCCUUGUCAUCGUAUAGUCCUGGCCUCCUUCAGCUCCUACUUUCAGGCCAUGUUCUCGACUGAUCUGAUGGAGUCCCGGCAGGAGCGUGUGGCCAUCAAUGGGGUGGAGCCCCAGAUGAUUGGCAUGCUGGUGAGCUAUGCGUACACUGCUGAGGUGGUCAUCUCCAAGGCCAAUGUGCAGGCCCUGCUGGCUGCUGCCAACCUACUGGACAUCAUGGCAGUGCGCGAGGCCUGCUGCCGCUUCAUGGAGCGGCAGAUGGAUGAGAUGAACUGUGUGGGCAUCCACUGCUUUGCGGAAGCUCACUCCUGCCGGGAACUGGAGAGGCAGAGCAUGGAAUAUAUCCUGCAGCACUUCAGCACCGUCUGCCGCCAGGAGGAGUUCUUGUCUCUGUGUGCUGACAAGCUGACUGAGAUCAUCUCCAGCGACCAUCUCAAUGUGCCGAAGGAGGAGACCGUAUUUGAGGCUGCCAUGCUUUGGCUGGAAAAGUGCGCCUCCCGCAGGCAGAGUUUUGAAAAGGUCCUGGAGCAUAUUCGACUGCCCCUUAUUAGUCCAUACUACAUCCAUGAUGUGGUUGAGUCCUUGCCUGUGGUCAAGGAGUCCUUGCAGUGCCAGAGGCUAAUCUCCGAGGCUAAAGAUUACCUGCUGCUGCAGGAUCGGCGUGGCGAGCUGUUCGGGCCUCGAGCACGGCCACGUAGAUCUACAGGCACCGCAGAUGUGAUCGUGACUGUAGGGGGCGAGGAUGACAAAGUAGUUCUGCGUAGCGUGGAGAGCUUUGACCCGGUCACCAGUCAGUGGAAGAGCCUCGCCUGCCUGCCCUUCGCUGUCAGCAAGCACGGCCUGGUAGUGUCAGGUUCCACCCUGUAUCUGGCAGGUGGGGAGUUCCCUGAUGGCUCAGCCAGCCGGGAGAUGUGGCGCUACGACCCCUGCUUCGAUUCCUGGCUGGAGAUGGCCCCCAUGAACGUAGCAAGAUCAGAGCUUGGUCUGGUGAUGCUGGAUGGCUUCGUGUUUGCAGUGGGGGGCUGGGAGGGCCGAUCCCGCCUAGACUCAGUGGAGUGCUACAACCCUAACACGAACACCUGGCACUUUGUGGAGUCAGUCAAGAUGGCGGUGACCAGUCCUGCAGUCGUGGCUCUAGAUGGACUACUCUAUGUUACAGGUGGCGCUGUUCUAGAGGAUGGUGAUGGCACAGACCUGGCACAGGUGUACAAUCCCAAAACUUGUGUUUGGACCGAGGUGGCUCCCAUGCAGAUCGCUCGCUCUGGCUCAGCUGCCUGUGUUCUAAAGGGCAAGAUCUAUGUCAUAGGUGGCUGGCAUGCCUCUACAGAGAACACUGAUAAGGUUGAAUAUUAUGACCCAAAGAGCAACCAGUGGACAAUGUGCGCUCCCAUGAAAGAAAGACGCUACCGUCCUGGGGUGGCUGUAGUGGAUGGAAAGAUUUAUGUGCUUGGGGGAGAGGAGGGAUGGGACAGGUACCAUGAUACUAUUGAGCGGUACUGUGAAGAGACAGAUACUUGGGAAAUUGUAGGGGAGAUGCCAACUAGUCGGAGCUGGCUCAGCUGUGUGUCCCUGCAAGUCCGAAAGGAUUCACACAGUGCCAGUCUGCCCAGCGCUGCAUCAGAAGCAGAGUUUCCUGCUGACUAAGAGCCAUUGUGAUGUAUGUGCAGCUAAAUUGCACAGUUGGCACUACUAGGCGAGGUGAUUGAGAGGGGACAGGGCAGCUGAACCACAAGCAGUCUGACACCUUCACUCUGAACCCAGCUCCCUUCCCAGCAUUCCUGUGGACGUUAAACAGACUCAAGCAUGCAGCUCUAAAGACUGCUCCUGGGGUUUUUUGGAGGUAGGGGGUGAUGCCUCCAGUCCCACGUACUGAAGGUUAGAUGUUUCUGUGGAACUCUGUGUAUCCAGAGCGAUGGCCUUAUCAUGGUCAAUGCACUGUCCUUUGAGGAAUUCCGAAGGGGUGACUUAUGUGGGAAAUCUGCAGUUGUCCACUUGAUGCCAAGUGUUUUGUGGAGACAAGGUUGAGAGCUCACAGGAAGGUUUUAGAGCACACCUUAUGACAACUGCUCACACCGUCUUUGUUCAUUGUCAAGUGUCCAAUUUCAUUUUGUACCAACAGUGGUGUUAUUUUACAGUAGCAAGUCUGUACUGCAAUGUCAAAAAUCUUAACGCUAGUGUGUAUUGGGUGAUCUGUAGUGCCAGUAUGCAGUCUAAUCAUUAUUUGCCUUGAUUUUUGUUAUCCUCUUCCAAGUGCUUUGAUUCUUGCGGUCUGCCUUUGUCCAUCAUUUCAAAUUGUCAGUAAUUUGGCUGGAAAAAGAGGUUUCCCUUCAUUAAGCACAGUCCCAGGGCAUAGAUUACAAAACUGUCCACUACAUUAUCUUUUACAUGUACUGCUUUUAAUUCUUAAAUGGUCAACAGAGCCAACAAUCUAAAAAGAUAAUGAAGCCAAUGCAUUUUAAAACAAACAAGCAACUAGUUUGUUUUUUGCACAUGGUUCUAUCAAUACCAACUUGCAGAAUACAUUUAGGAAUUUUGACAGGAUGUAUAUACGCACAAGUUGGGGUUUUUUCCCCCCAAUCAAUAAUUGGGAAAUACCAUAACCCAUAUUUUAUUCCAAAAUUUGAGGAAAAACUACUCGGUGCUGCAUAGGAAGAAUAUGUACCCAUGACAUCCUUUUUAUUGACCACGUUCAUUGGGAACGUGUCUGGGUUUCCCAAUAUGAGCCUGUAGGGAGUUUCACUGGUUCACCAUCCUCUCCUGCCAGAUCCAGGUAGUUGAGGUUCCAUCUCAAGGGCUUAAGGAUUUGUAUCGGGUGUGUUUGAGGCAAAUACCUCGAUCGGGCUGGUGUAUUUCAUCCACAAACGUGUGCAUGACGUGCAUUUUUGGUAGUGUGUGUAACUGAGGCUUGCUCAAGUGUUUGUUCCCUAGUGAUGUGAUUGUGUUGACUGAAAAGUGAAGAGUUGAAUAAAAAUGUGUAAACGUCACCAGACACACUAAAUUGAAAUCACUAAAAUAGGAUGCAUACAUUAAUUUAGCAACUUCAAGCAAAGUAGUUUCAAAUAAGCGCUUUCGUAUCUUCUGGGAUACUGAUGGGCUUUGCAUAUUUCCACAUACAGUUACUUCUCAAAGUACUUUUGAUACUUUGUUGAAGCGAUUUUGGGCAUCUCUGCAUCAGCUCUACACUUUUAGACCACAUCACAGAUUUGAAUGAGAUUAAGCAUGUGGAUUUGACCUGAACCGAAAUUACUAAUCUGAGAUAGUCCAUAUGUCCCAGACUAACAAAUUAGCAUUACAACCUAUCCAGCGAUAUACAAGAGAAUUUUUUUUUUUUUUUUUUUACAACCGACUGUAAUGGAGAUGAGGCAAGCCAAAGUCAUGGAGCCGGAUGAAUUAGCGCAAAUUGUGUUAGUCCACACCUCUCAGAUUAAUCAGACGCACAAUUUCAGUUCCAGGGGUUUCUUAUGCCAAAUCAGCAUGCUAAAUCUCAUUAAAAUCUGAUGAUAUAGUCCAAGUGUGUUGAAUUACAUGGAAUUACCCUUUUGUGAUCUCAAAUCAGUACCAGGUAUGGGGUCUGAUGUCUUGUAUCCAUGUGGCAAUGUACUGCUGUAAUCACAAUAAAUAUUGCAGUUUUUGUAA